CAGCACAAACCGACUCGGUGAGAGUGAAACUGGACUAUCUUGCAAAAACACUUUGAGCAAACACACCGCUCAAUGGAAAGCAUCUGAUAAGGGCUGCUGCGCUUCUGGCAGUGUGGGCAGGAAGACUUCAGUGCUUCUAUUAGGUCUUUGGCUUUGCUGGGGCUGUCUGACUCCUCUCGCCGGGGGAGACGCCAUGUCCACGACCCUCUGCCAAGUGAUGGGGUUCCUUGUCUCAUCGCUGGGUGUUGUGGGGUGCAUCAUGUCCACUGCCAUGGAUAUGUGGAGCACGCAGGACUUGUACGACAACCCGGUGACGGCCGUCUUUCAAUAUCAGGGACUGUGGAGGAGCUGCGUGCGGCAGAGCUCUGGCUUUACAGAAUGCCGGCCAUAUUUCACCAUUCUUGGGCUGCCAGCAAUGUUUCAGGCUGUGAGGGCCCUUAUGAUUGUGGGUAUCGUCCUGGGCAUCCUUGGCCUCUUUGUGUGCAUUUUUGCUAUGAAGUGCAUCCGAAUUGGUACCAUGGAGGAUUCUGCAAAAGCCAAUAUGACUCUGACCUCUGGCAUCAUGUUUAUUAUUGCUGGUCUGUGUGCCAUCACUGGAGUGUCUGUGUUUGCCAACAUGCUGGUCACAAACUUCUGGAUGUCCACAACCAACAUGUACCAGGGAAUGCAGAAUGUCCAGAAUAGGUACACCUUUGGCUCAGCCCUCUUUGUUGGCUGGGUAGCGGGAGGCCUGGCCUUUGUAGGAGGAAUCAUGAUGUGCCUUGCUUGCAAAGGAAUGAUUCCAGAAGAAUCCCGUUACAAGGCGGUGUCCUACAACGCAUCAGGACGGAAUAUCUCCUACAGAACAGGACCAUAUAAAGCUGCUUCAGGGUACGAACCUGAAAUGAAGACUAGAAAGGGUCCAGCGUAUGAAGAAGCUCCUCGGAGCGAGGAUGCAGGACGCUCGUACCCUUCAAAAUAUGACUAUGUCUAGUAGACUUCCUAGGCUUGAGAUUUGCUGUAUUUUAUAGAACGUUUUUCACUUUAGACACAAAAAGUAUACACAAAUAAGGCAGUCUGUAAAUAGGAUUUUGUUUUCUAUUGUUUUUCCCCUCCUCAAAAGCAGUACCCUAACCACGUUACUUUUAUUCUUCUGCCUGCUGGCAUAACCACCAUGAGGAGGCCUGUAACAAAAGCAGUGUCUUUUUCUGUUCUCAGAAUACAACUGUUUCCUCAUGUUUUACAUAUAAACUCUGACUGUCAGGACCAGGAUUCUGCCUUGUGCUGUCUACUAGUUCUUCUAAUAGGUUUAAAUUCUCAUUAGUGAUGACCCUGAUAGAGUUUGUAGUCCAGACACAGCCACUUGAAUGUCUGUGGAUGAAAAGUACAUUAUGAAAUUGCAUACAAAAAAAGCCUAAAGAAAUCAAGAAGCCAAAUCACACACACUGCGAAAAGCAGAAAUUACAAUAUGGAAGUCUUAUUAUUUUGUUGUAAGAAAACUCAGCUCUGUCCCUUUGGCUAUGGCCAAUACAUACAGAACCAGCAGUCAUGGCAUUUUCCUCCCUGGCAGUGUUUCUAGUCAGACUCACCUUUAUUUUGCUGGUGGUACUACAGUGCUGAUCUGCUGUGAUAUUUAAUCUGACUUAUGUUACUUAGACAUUUGCUAUUACCCGUGAUACCAAAGUGUAUUUAUUUCUUCUGAUCUCAUUGGGGAAUAGAUAUAAUCCAUUGUUACUCCUAUGCUAGAUAUUUGAUACAAUAGCUGAGAACCUCUGUGUGUGACCAGAGUUCCUGCAGAUGCCAUCAUUAAUGAAACCAGAAGAAUUUCUCAUUUAGAAUUAAUUAGAGUUACAAUUGAGCAGGAAUCCCAGGGAGCAUUAGAUGUGAAAAUCUGCACUAACAUCAGGACUUUCUUGUGUUAAUUCUUCUCCAAAUGAUGUGAAGAUUAAGUCCUUAGUGAGACACUGCCUCUUCUAGCCAACCUGCAAUAGAGGAUGUUUAUUGGAAGGGGUCAGAGGAAGUGACACCAGAGCUCUAGGAAAACAUCUUGGUGCAAAGGGCACUGAGAGAUAAGUUAGGGAAAAACAGGUGUUUAAAACCUCGACCCUUUUUGGUAGACUUUUGCAACAGGUUCUUGUCCUGCUUGUAACAACAGUAAGUUGCCAGGAAUUUGCUGGCAGGUUUGAUUUGGCCAAACACUGAUAUUCCUUCAGGGUGUUCACAUUCUGGAGGCAUCACAGAUAGGGCUGACGCCGGAGUAUGACCUCUGGUAGGUCUCCCUCUCCAGCUUGUAUCUCCUGUGAUGUGUGGGACAGCAGAGAUGGGCUGUCCUGCUCAGCACCAUUACUCCCAG